AUGCAGAGAGCUAUUGAAGCUGUUAAAAAUGAUGGAAUGGCGUAUUCAACUGCUGCAAAAAUUUUCUCUGUUCCUAGAAACACUCUAAAGAGGAGGGUCCUUGAUAAGAAUGUCGAUGCAAAAAGCAACAAAAAGGUACUAGGAAAAUACCGACCUGUGUUCACAGAAGAACAAGAAGCAGAAUUGGUGCGACACGUAUUAGAUCUAGAGGUCCGAUUCUUUGGAGUCACCAUUUUAGAUUUGCGGUCAUUAGCGUACAACCUAGCUGUACAAAAUGGCAUUCCAAACAAUUUUAACCGUGAAAAAAAAUUGGCUGGCUUAGACUGGGUUGCUGGAUUCAGAGAUCGGCACCCCGAAAUUAGUUUAAGGAAACCAGAGCAGACUUCUGCAGCAAGGGCUCAGGCAUUUAAUAAACAUAAUGUGACAAGGUGUUUUAAUAUCCUUAAGGAUGUUCAAGAGAAGCAAUUCCACCCUGCGCACAGGGUUUUCAAUGUUUGA